GCUUCUUUGUUUUGACAAGUUAAACAAGUUUUCGAAGCAUAAUUUUGAAGAUUAUUUAAAUUGCUUGUAUUUUAUUAAAUAUUGUUUGUGAUGGAUAGAAGUUCAAGCCUUCAUGGAAGUAGUUCACGUAAACGCAAAAGAUCACAAUCCCGAGAUAGGGAUAGAGUAAAAAUAUGUUUGAGUCCAAGUUCCACACAAAACAUAAAAUCGGAUUUCAGUUUUUUAGAUUAUAAGCGAAAUUUAAACAAAAUUUUACUUUAUAGUAAUGAAAGUAACACAGUAGUAAAUAAUCUUGAGGACUUUUGGGUGUUUACCGCCAAGUAUGAAGCUAUGUUAAAAAAAGUUGGUAAACCACUUGUUCAAGAUUCAAGAAGUAAACAAGAAUUUAACGACAUAGGUGUAUCAGUUCAAUUUUCCAAGUCUGAAUGUAUAAAUUUCUCCACUAGAAUAAAGUAUAUUGACACUUCUAUUGAUGAAAGGGGAAAGCAAAAACUUGACAAGAAUUUAUUUGAAGCCUUUCUAAAUAUUGUAUCUACGUAUGUAGAUUUUAAGAAUAAAGAAAAAUUUGACAAACUGAAGAAGUUGAGGCAAGCUCAACAAGAUUUGCCUGUGGCCAAGUACAGAACUGAAAUAGUAUCAGCUGUACAAGAUAAAAGAGUUGUUAUAGUAGCUGGUGAUACUGGCUGUGGGAAAUCUACUCAGGUUCCACAGUAUCUACAUGAAGCUGGUUUUCUAAAUAUUGCCUGCACCCAGCCAAGACGUAUAGCAUGUGUUUCACUUUCAAAAAGAGUUGCAUUUGAAAUGCUGACACAAUUUGAGUCGAAAGUGGGUUACCAAAUCAGGUUUGAAAAAAGCAAAACUGCUGAUACAAAAAUUUGCUUCAUUACAGAAGGUUUGCUGUUAAGGCAGAUGUCGUCUGAAAAUUUGCCAAAUUAUGAUGUUAUCAUUCUUGAUGAGAUCCAUGAGAGGCAUUUGAUGGGAGACUUUCUGCUUGGUGUCCUGAAAUGUUUAAUACAUAGCAGAAAUGACAUAAAGCUUGUCCUGAUGUCAGCUACAAUUAAUAUUAAACUAUUUGAAAAUUAUUUUACUGCUGAGUCAGCAGCAGUCAUAGAGGUUCCUGGAAGGUUGUUUCCAAUAGAACUGCACUAUAAACCUAUACUGAUAGAAGACAAACCAACCCGUGAUGAUAGGUUGGAUCCUCAACCAUAUGUUCAGAUAAUGCAACUGAUUGAGAGCAAAUACCCGAGCGACGAACGCGGGGAUUUACUCAUAUUUAUGUCAGGCGUCCAAGAGAUCACAGCAAUUUGCGAUGCGGCACAACAGUAUGCGGAAAAAACUAAGAAAUGGAUAGUGCUGCCGCUGCAUAGCGGUCUGUCUUUGAUAGAACAAGAUAAGGUGUUCGACUACCCUCCAGAAGGUGUCAGAAAAUGUAUUGUGUCAACGAACAUCGCUGAAACCUCAGUCACCAUCGAUGGCAUCAGAUUUGUCGUGGAUUCGGGUAAAGUCAAGGAGAUGAGUUAUGAUUCCACAACUAAAAUGCAGAGGCUUAAAGAGUUUUGGAUCUCUAAAGCAAGCGCUGAUCAGAGGAAAGGCAGAGCUGGUAGAACUGGCCCCGGCGUUUGUUACCGAGUAUACUCGGAACAGCAGUACAGUGACAUGGAGGCGUUCAGCACGCCCGAAGUGUCCAGAGUUCCGUUAGCUUCCCUGCUACUUCUCAUGAGCUCGCUGGGAGUCAAUGACGUCAGAAGGUUCCCUUUCUUGGACUCGCCACCCGAAGAAGCGGUGGAGAAUGCCCUUUUAGAGCUAAAGCAACAUGGAGCAUUGACCUCUAAUGAGAAGCUGACAGCAUUAGGAAAGUCACUAGCGAAUCUCCCAGUAGAAGUGUCUUUAGCCAAAGCGAUUGUUGUGGGUAGUGCUACACUUCCACCACACAAGAGGGAUUCCGCAUUGGCACUGGCAGCCGCUUUGGGAAUCAGGUCUAUUUUCACUACGAGAGCGCACAGGGAUUUUGAAUGCGAGAACGCAAGAAAGCCCGAUGAAUCAGAUCACGGGGACCCAAUUACUCUUCUAUCUUUGUACUGCGCGUGGUUAACUGUGAAGGCAGAAAAUCGCGGCGGUCGCGCGUGGUGCAAACGUCGAGGUAUAGAGGAACAACGGCUUUACGAACUCACCAAGCUGGCAGCUCAACUCAGGGGAUUGCUGCAGGACAAUAAUUUGACAGAGACACCAGAACCGGAAUCUAUGUCGUCAGCCGAGCGGGCGAUGCGACACGGCCAAUUGAAACAGCUGAAGGAUAUGAGAAGGAAAUAUAAACAGAAAGCAGCGGAAGACUCCAAACGUAAGAAACGUCUAAAGGUCGAUUCUUGGGAGAUAGUCGACGACAAGGGUGAAGACGACACGAUGGAUAUCAGAGACAUAGAGUUCCGUCUGUCCAACGACGCGGGCAGGAUACGUUCCUUGAUCACCGGCGCGAGCGCAUCCAGUGGGCGGGACCUUAUUACCUUGAAGGUAGUGUUAUGCAGAGCCUUAUAUCCCCAAGUGGCAGUAGCUGAUCAAUUCAACCAUUGCAAGUCGAUAUCCGAGCAACUCUACCAUACUUGGAGUAAACCGUUUGUGUACCUCCAUCCUAAUUCUUACUUCGGCAAGCAGCCCCGGGUGCUGCAGCUAACCGAAGCGGACAUACAGACGGACGGGCCACCCGGCUAUAAGAGCAAACUGCCACUAUCGGCUAAACAUCAGAUACUGUGCUACUUAUCACUACUAGAGACUACGAAACCUUACAUAGUGAAUUCUAUGAGAAUGCCGGCUGCUCAGACGCUCUUGUUACUGUCACAUUCUAUCGACACUAACUUGGGAUUCACCAGAAUGGUAUGCGACUCGUGGCUUUUAAUAGAGUUUCCGUAUCCCGACACGGGUCUGAACCUGUUACUGAAGGCAACCAAACUAAGGCAGCGAUGGGAUGCGCUCAUCAACAGGAGAUUAGCAGACGCAGAUCCCAACAAAAGCGUAGAAAGCGAACUACAAAAGCAAAGCUCCAACGUUUCUUACGAAGAGCUGCAACACCAGUUAUCCUGCGACAUCAGCUCUUAUAUGAACAGUGAAGUUUAUUACACGCUAAAAAGGCUUUUACCAGGCGAUUUGAAAGUUAUAUAUUGUGGUCCGCCAGAUGAACCGCAUGCGAAUAUAGAUCCUAAUCCGUUCGAACAAGGCUUCGAAUGCCAUCCGCACGAGAAGAAAGGAGGCGUGUAUGUUACGGAUAACAUUGUUUACAAUUGCGUCGUAGACACAGAUUGGAGUUACAAUUUUUACCAAGAGGCUUAUAGCCUCGCAUGGCCUUGUCCAGACUGCGGCAUUACACUAUGCCUGUCCCCUUUAGAAAGAAUACAGCACAAGGAGUUUAUGUGCUCCUCCAAACCUGAGAUAGAACAAAAGGCCGUCAAACCUGCAAAGGAUAACAGACCUAAUGCCAAAGAGUAUAAAUGCGAAGGUUGCGGCAACACGCUAUCGUUGACUCCCGUUGAAAUAUUGAAACACAAGAAGAGUUGUAAGAUGAAAUAAAACUUUUAAGGAU